GCGCGCUUCGUUUCGCUCUCUCGUCUGAUCGGUCGGCGAGUGUAGUGUUGGAUAUUACGAUGGAUCGUCUGUUCUACUACAUCCAAGCCGCCUUCUCCAACUAUUUCCUCUAGCUCGACCCCACCGCGAAGACGUUCUGCCACAAUCCACAAUCUAAAAUCACCACAACCCCGCGAGUCACCCUUCUAGUCCACACCCAUGUCUGACUCCGAACGUGAGAGUGUCCUGGCCGCAAUCCGAUCGAGUGGGCUCGGUCCCCGUAGAGAACCGAUUUCGAUGGACGAACUAGCGCAGACCGUCCCGCUACACACAUCGCAAAACCAGUCCUCGAGACAAUACGAAGAGGUAAACGACGCUCAGAUCGAUGCCCUCAAAUCACGCGUAGAGCCCCGCGCUCCAGUCGACCAGGCACCAUUGACCCCACCCACGACCAGUCGCUCAAUAUCUCCCUCUACCGGCGCACCAUCAAUCGACUUCGACGGCUUGUCCUUCCCCAGCGUGGGAGCACUCGAUAGACUGCAAGAGAGGGAAGACCCCGAAAAAGCAAAAGCAAGGCUUGACAAGCUGUCAGGUGCAGUGCGAACGAUCCUAGAAUGUAUAGGCGAGGACCCAGAACGAGAAGGACUGCACGGCACACCGGAGCGUUAUGCGAAGGCCAUGAUGUUCUUUACGAAAGGCUAUGAGGAGAAUUUACGGGACAUUGUGAACGGUGCCAUCUUCAAAGAGAACCAUGACGAGUUAGUGAUUGUCAAGGAUAUCGAGGUCUUCUCGUUAUGCGAACACCACCUGGUGCCCUUCUUUGGAAAGGUGCAUAUUGGCUAUAUCCCCUCAAACCGAGUCAUCGGGCUCUCAAAAUUGGCGCGAAUCGCCGAGAUGUUCAGCAGACGGUUGCAAGUGCAAGAGCGGUUAACGAAGCAAAUCGCCAUGGCACUUCGGGAUGUCCUCAAUCCUCAGGGAGUCGGCGUUGUGAUGGAAUGUACUCACAUGUGCAUGUGCGCGCGAGGAGUGCAGAAGUCUGGAUCAUCAACAGUCACAAGCUGCAUGCUUGGCGCCUUGAGGAAGCGCGCCAAAACGAGGGAGGAGUUUCUGAGCCUGAUCAAAACUUGAGCGGCAUUUGGCGGUCCGUGCCACAGGAGUCGCGGCCACCAAUAGAGCAGAUGGACAGCAGCGGCGACUGCAUAAAGUCAGUGGUGGAGCGUUUUGGGGUCUGGUGGAAGAGCAGCAACCGGUGUGGCUUACCGGUACUGUUCAGGCGGAACGAGACUCGUACCUCGGACUUGUGAGGAAGGCCUUGGAUUUUUGGAUUUGACCGGCGUUGAGGAAAUGUACAGGAAAAGGCGAAAUUCCGGCGGAAGAGGUCUUUUCAACAGGCCUGCGCUUCAACAGGCCUUCCAGUGAUACCAACGCUCAACCAGCGUACGUUUGUUUGGAAUUAGCGAAGAACACGAUCAGAAGCUCGCAAGAGCAUUGUACAAUUUGGAUACCCGGAUGCGAGAAUUCACACUGUUCCUGAU